AUGAACAUGACUCUUGACCAGAUCAUCAAGGACUCCAAGAAAACAGGUGUAAAGGCCACCAUCAGACAGGGCACUAACAAGUGGACGUCCCAACUCAUUCUCUCAUCUCCCAAUCCUUCCCUACCCGUGAAGAACAAGAGCAACAACAAUAACAACAAAAAGAACUCCAAUGAUCAAGGAGGAAAGCCAAAGAGCAGAGCCGCCACCAACUCGAGAAGAGGCAGAAGAGGCGGAAGAGGCGGUAAUGACAACAACAACAGCAACAACAAUGGCAACAAAAACAACAAUAACAACGGAAACAACAAUAACAACAAUAGCAAUGGAAGAUCAAGAAGAGGACUGACCAGAGGAAACACCGCCACUACAGCCAAGGUCGCCAAGACCGGAAGCAAGUCAGUCAAGACUGCCGCCAAGCCCAUCAGCCCAGACAAGAUCAAGAUCCAAAUCACAAACAGUGGUAGCUCUUCGUCAUCAUCAUCCACAAGCGGUGGCCUCAGAACAAGCAGACUGGGUGCCAAGAGCCUCAGGUUGGGAGGUACUUCCAGUUUGAGGACCAGAAAUAGUUUGAGGACCAGUGCCAUCGCUGCAUCCCCAAAGAGAGCAUUGACCACAGCCAUUAAGAAGCCAGCAAGACUUGUAGAGGUUGUUAGACAGAAAACCAUUUCCACCGCCAGGAAGACUGUGGCUGACCGUGACCAGAGACCAAGGACCCUGAAUGACAGAUUCAGCAGGAAGUAA